GAAUUUGUCAAAUAGUGGUCAGCUGUCGAUUUUCUCCUUACUUUUCUUUCGAUUCCACAUUUUAAAGAAACUUUUCUUUUCAAACAUUUUAUAUGUCGUGUCUCAUUAUCACCAGUUACGCAUUACAUACAGAUAUAUAUAUAUUUUUGACGAAUUUACCUCAAUGCCAAAUUAGUUAAGCGUCUAAAGUUUUUUACUACUUGUGGCGAGCCUCAAAUUUAACGUUCUUGAGCUUAUAAAUUAGAUAAAAAUGAGCUUAGAAUCAAUAAGGUAUGAAAGAGGAAGAUUGGAAAUUCUAGAUCAGUUGUUGCUGCCUCUGCAAACAAGAUAUGUUAAAGUACAGGGAGUUGAGGAUGGCUGGAAAGUUAUCAACAAAAUGCAGGUCAGAGGUGCUCCUGCUAUAGCAAUUGUUGGAUGCUUAUCUUUGGCAAUAGAACUACUCAAAGAAGACUGCUCAGAUAAAAAAGUUAUGAGGCAAGAGAUUGAAGGCAAAUUAAACUAUCUGGUGUCGGCGCGGCCAACAGCUGUUAAUAUAAAAUUAGCAGCGGACGAUCUUAUUAAUUUGGCAAAUAGUUUGAGCGCAGAUGAGAAUGUCACAGCUAAUGAUUUCAAAGAGAGGUUCAUCAAAAGCAUAGAGAACAUGCUAAUAAAGGAUAUAGAGGACAACAAGGCGAUAGGCAAGUUCGGCUGCGAGGCAAUACUGAGCAGGUUGGAAGGUGAUAGUCAUGUGAGGGUGCUGACUCACUGCAACACUGGCUCACUGGCCACAGCGGGGUACGGCACUGCGCUGGGCGUUAUACGCUCACUGCACGCAGCCAAACGAUUAGAGCACGUGUACUGCACUGAGACCCGGCCGUACAAUCAGGGCGCCAGGCUGACGGCCUACGAACUGGUGCACGAGAAGAUACCCUCCACGCUCAUCGUUGACAGCAUGGUGUCAGCGCUCAUGCAUGCGAGGAAUAUCACCGCUGUGGUGGUCGGUGCUGACAGGGUAGCAGCGAACGGUGACACUGCAAACAAAAUAGGCACAUACCAGAUAGCGAUAGUGGCGAAGCAUCACAAUGUACCGUUUUAUGUGGCGGCGCCGCUCACGUCCAUAGACAUGGCGCUCAAGUCCGGCGAGCGGGUCAAGAUAGAGGAGCGCCCGGACAGGGAGAUGACGCAUAUUGGCGAACACAGGAUCGCGGCACCAGGUAUAAAUUGUUGGAAUCCAUCGUUCGACGUCACGCCGGCAUCACUAAUAACUGGAAUCAUAACAGAGAAAGGCGUUUUUACACCCGACAAAUUAUAUGAAGAAGUUCCUAAAUAAUAUUUUCUAAAACUCGUUUUAUUGCUAAAAGUUAUUAUAAUAUAAAUAUCUAGAUUUUAUUAAUAGAGUUCCUAGAUUUUUUAAUAGUCAGAUAAAGCAUGUGACGGAAUAAAUCUGAUAACAUGUUUUGUUUUAGUUAUUUUUGAUGUGAGUACUGCUCAAAUUUUAGAAAUGCUUUAUUUUUUAUUAUUUAUUUAAUAACUAACUGUCUCAUUUGUUCAGCGGUAAGCCUAUGUGAUUUUUGAUCACAGGGUUCAAAUUGUGGGUUCAACCCACAAACCAUAUUUGAAAUUAAUGACAUACUGAGCUUUUCUUCUAAGAAAUUUUCAGUAUAUAUUAUCAGCCUCUGGGAGCACUUUAAGCUCUUGGUCGCGAUCAUUGCCAUCGGCCUAAGUUCGCCAUCCCGAAUUGUAGCAGCGUGGUGGGUCAGCUCCAUAUCCCAUUUCUGAGGAAGCCUGGGUGAACUAGUAGGCCGUUAAAAUAGGCUGAUAACUUAAUAACUAAAAGCUCCUUUAUCCUUAUUGCAAAUGACUCAAUCGCAAAUGUCUCCAAGUUUAACUGCAUUGAAAUAUACUCAGUGGAACAUAAUUGAGUGAGCCGAAUAUGGGUUGAUAAUGAUGAUGAUGAUGAAAAAAACAGUCUCUUUUUUUAAGAUUAAGCGUGCUCCCAAAUUUGGAAAUAUCCUAACAUAAGUCAAAUCACUGUUAUAUUUAUUUUAAACAAGUAUUUUUGUGAUAUUAUUGACAAUUCAGAGAGAGAAUUUAAGUGAGAAUUCCUUACUCAUUUGGGGCCCUUAACUAAUUUCGAUAUAGGGACCCUUCAAGGCACGCUACGCCACUGAUACAGAUAUACAAUAAAAUGAUUCUACACAUCACUAAGAGAGCAUAGAUCAACCUCUGCCUGCUAUACUAUUGCCAUACCCUCUCCUAAGUUCCUAACAGUCCUAUCAAACUAAUAUGAAGGGAACAAUAAUAUUGGUCAUAAAAGAUAUGGCAAAUAUUCCUAAAAAUAAUAAAAAUAACACUCAUAAAUCAGCUAAUAAAAGAAACUGGAAUUGUAACUAAUUAGGUAUACCUGAUAAGAUCAUCUAUAUUUUGUAACGAACAUUGUAGCUUUAUAAAUACCUAUACAAUAUUUAUAAUAAAUUUGUGGUAAGUAUACAAAAUGUUAAAUCUCUUAGUACAGCUCAUUGUUAUAAAUAAUUAUACCAUAUCUAUGUAAGUAAUGCUUUACUGUAAAACUUGUUAUAAUUAAAUAAAAAUAUUUUUGCUAAA